AUGUAUUGCGGCCACAAGAUCGGUGGUCUUCACUUCCUCCUCCAAGAAGGUUGCAUCGAAGAGUUUCGGCGGCUUGAAGCAAAGGUGUCGUGCGUGGAACUCAUGACCACGGAACUUGAUGGUUGCAUCUUUCAGACGAACCUUGGGAACAGGGAGAGAUCCCUUUCUUCGGAAUGUGGCCACCCACAGUCUAUCGCCCAGCUCUUGUGCCUUUUCGAAGGCAGAGUGUUUGCCAAACGCUUGCCAACAUGCCUCAGUCACAUCCUUCGGGUCGGCAUCGCUCGUCGGACAUUCGGGCGUGCCGAUCGGGAGCAGGAGAUACUCCAGAUCGUGGUUGUCGGCCGUCGCCCGAGGCUGUGGCUCGUACUGGAGGAACGUCGGCUCUGGUGUCGCAUCAGCUGCGCCAGUAGCUUUUGUCGUGAGAGUUGGGCGGUCUUGCGCACAACUUAA